CACUGCAUACUUCCUGCGGCCAUGCUCGUCGCCCGCGCUGCGAAGACGUGGGCUCGUCUGCCGCCAUGCCGCGCGUAUUCCUUCGGUCUCAUGCCCAGUCUGAAGUCGAGCUUCCCACCGGAAGAGUCGAGCCAGCCAAUAGAGGACGCCUCACGCCAAGCAGAAAAGUGGGCUCAGGCGGGACCGUCGAGGGUGACGAUCGAAGAUGCCGAGGAGAAAGACAUGGAUAUGGAGGCGAGGAAGAAACGGAGACAGACGGAGUGGAAACGACGACAAGGUUCCUUGCAGGUUUUCUACGCGGAUGUCUUUUGUGCAUCACAGAGAAUAGUCGUUAGCAAUUCUGCAAGGCCACUAGGCCGCUACCCGUUUAACCAUUAUAUUUUGAGUGUUGUAUCCUAAUUGUUGAAUCUAGCACGAAACGUUCCUCGACCACGUCGUUAUACACAUACGGGGAGGUCAGUCACCUCCCGUU